AUGGGGAGGGCUCCGUGCUGCGAGAAAGUUGGGUUGAAGAAGGGAAGAUGGACAGCAGAGGAGGAUCAAACCUUAAUCAACUACAUCCGUGCUAAUGGGGAAGGCUCCUGGAGAUCGUUGCCCAAGAAUGCAGGGUUACUGCGGUGUGGGAAGAGUUGCAGACUGAGAUGGAUAAACUAUCUGAGAGCUGACUUGAAGAGGGGAAAUAUUACUCCUCAAGAGGAAGAUAUCAUCAUCAAAUUGCAUGCUUCUCUGGGAAAUAGGUGGUCUUUGAUAGCUAGUCAAUUACCGGGAAGAACGGACAAUGAGAUAAAGAACUACUGGAACUCGCACUUGAGUCGAAAAAUAGACGCUUUCAGGAGACCUAUUAAUAAGAUCCAUAUGCCUUCAGCAUCAGCAGCAGCAGCAGCUAGUAGUAGCAGCAGCACCACCACCGCAGCAGAUGAAAUCAAUAUGGCGAUGAAAUUAGGACCACCCUCGUCCAAGCGAAGAGGAAGAGGUGGCAGAACCAGUCGCUGGGCCAUGAAGAAGAACAAAGUCACCUACGCUUCUACAGCCAUCAACCACCACUUGGAUUCAUGCACUCAUAAUCAUGAUGAUAAAUCGGCAACGAUGACGAGCUCGUCUUCCCCUCCACCUCCUUCCGCAGCAGCAGCAGCAGUUGCGGCUGGCACCGGACAAAAAGAAACACAAGCAUUAGUCGGAGGAGGACCAUCUGAUGGCUCAGCUGCAGGUAAAUUUGAUGACGGUGGGGAGGUGGCUUUCAAUGACUUGAUGAUGGACGUCGCCAAUGAAAUAAUAUCGGAUCCAACUGGGGUGCUGACUUUAAUUGGUGAAAAACAAAACGACGAUGGUGAUGAUGACACGGGCGUUAUUAGGGACGACGAGGACACCGGCAAACUUUUAUGUGGUCCAAAUAAAGUGAUGACUAAUGCUACUGCAGCGGCUAGUCAUGAAGAGGAACAUCAUCAGCUCGAUCAGAUUAGUGCUACUAAUUUAAGCUCAUCAUCAAACUCAAAUUCCAAAUCAAGUUAUGGAGAAGCGGAAGCAGCUGCGUUUGAUGGGGAUGACUGGUAUAAUUCAUGCUCUAAUUACUCACCAGGCUCAGCAGCUGCUGCUACUUGUAAGUUUGAUCAGCAGAAGCAGCAGCGUGAUGGAAUUAAUGGAACAGUGAAUGAUGAAAUGACAUGGGAUUGGGAGAGUGAUAUCCAUAGGUACGACUACUUAUGGAAUGUUGAUCAGAAAGAUGAUGAGAAUAUGCUCUCUUGGUUAUGGGAGCAGCACGCUGCAGAUGAUCAUCAUCUUGACCAUAGCAAUAAAUCGAGAUCAAAGGCCGUGGUGGUCGAUGAUGACUGUGACCCGGCUGACAAGCAUAAUGCUAUUCUGGCUUGGCUUCUAUCUUGA